GAUACACUAUUUCCAAAAUUGAUUGGCCAUAUCAAAAAAGACACUAUAUCAGAGAGGACAUGUAGAAAUUAUAUGUAUUCGUGGGGUUUUAAAUAUGAUGAGAGAAGAAAGGGUAUUUACUUUGAUGGCUAUGAGAGACCAGAUGUGGUGGUGUAUAGGAAUGAAUGGGUAAAGAGAAUGUUCGUAUAUAAAAAAAACAUGAAAGAUUUUGUUGGUGAGUCAUUAGAAUUUGUAUUAGAACCUCGGCUCAAUUUAGGGGAGAAAGAAUAUGUUCAAAUAACAUAUGAUGAGUGUUAUUUCUAUGCUAACGAUGAGCGGCGACGAAUUUGGAUUCAGAAAGGCGAAAAUAUUUUGCGCCCAAAACAUCUGAAACAUUUUAUAAUAGUCUUUGCUUUUUUGUGUCCUUGA